AUGGCUUGUUAUAUACUCAAUAGUGGCACGCCUACGCAACAAGGAUCAAAAUUGAAGGAGUCCUCUUUGCGAGCCAAGAGACACCAUCCGAUCGGGGCAUUGGUGUUGAUCCAACAAUCCUCUUCGCUCCUCAGAGUAGAGCCGGCCCCACAAACGGCGAAAAGGAAAGAAGGACGAAAAAAAAGACCAACAUAUGUUCAAGGGGAGUGGGAGAAGUCUUUGGAUACUUAG